GGAAUGGACAGUCUCCAGGACACAGCUCCCCUGGACCAAGGGGGCCGGGGCCCUGCCCUCUGCAGGCUGGUCCCCGUCGGCUUUAGGGCUGAGGCGUGGAAGCUCCUUGUCCUGUCUGGACCCCUGGUCCUUUUCCAGAUACUGCACUUCAUGAUCCACGUCGUGAGCUCAGUGUUCUGCGGGCGCCUGGGCAAAGUGGAGCUGGCGUCGGUGAUCCUGGCAGUGGCCAUUAUCAAUGUCUUCGGAGUUUCCGUAGGAUUCGGCUUUUCCUCAGCAUGUGACACCUUGAUGUCCCAGAGCUUCGGCAGCCCCAACAAGACGCACGUGGGCGUCCUCCUGCAGAGGGGCGCGCUGCUCCUGCUUCUCUGCUGCUUCCCCUGCUGGGCGCUCUUCCUCAACACCCAGCAGAUCCUGCUGCUCCUCGGGCAGGACCGGGACGUGUCCAGGCUGACCCAGGAGUACGUGCUGAUCGCCAUACCAUCACUUCCGGUGGUUUUUCUUUACAACCUGCUGGCAAAAUAUUUGCAAAAUCAGGGAAUAGUCUGGCCCCAAGUCCUCAGCGGCAUUGUGGGCAACUGCAUCAAUGGCUUAGCCAACUACGUCCUGGUUUCUGCGCUGAGCCUGGGGAUCAGGGGCUCUGCUUACGCCAGCACCAUCGCCCACUUUGUGCAGACCGCCUUCCUGUUCUUCUACAUUGUGCUGAGAGAGCUGCAUGCAGCCACGUGGGCAGGCUGGUCCGCCCAGUGCCUGCAGGACUGGGGUCCCUUCUUCCGCCUGGCCGUCCCCAGCAUGCUCAUGCUGUGCAUCGAGUGGUGGGCCUACGAGAUCGGGAGCUUCCUCAUGGGCCUGCGCGGCGUGCUGGACCUCUCGGUGCAGGCCAUCAUCUACGAGGUGGCCACCGUCAUCUACAUGAUUCCAAUGGGGCUCAGCAUCUCGGUCUGUGUCCGAGUAGGGACGUCCCUGGGAGCUUCAGACGCCGUGCAAGCGAAGCGAUCGGCAGUCUCAGGCGUGCUCUGCACAGUUGGCAUGUGGCUGGUUAUCAGCGCCCUGUUGAGCAUCCUGAAAAAUAAAUUGGGUUAUAUUUUUACCAAUGAUGAAGAAGCCAUUGCCCUGGUGAGCAAGGUCUUGCCCAUUUACAUCAUCUUCCAGCUCUUUGAGAGCAUCUGUUGCAUCUACAGCGGAGUCCUGCGCGGAGCUGGCAGACAAGCCUUUGGAGCCCUGGUGAACGCGAUUGCCUAUUACGUCCUCGGCCUCCCACUGGGCAUCGUUCUGGCCUUUGUGGUGGGAAUGGGGAUCAUGGGCCUCUGGCUGGGCAUGCUGGCCUGUGUCCUGCUGGCAGCUGCUGCCUUUGCUGCCUAUGCCGCCCGGAUGAACUGGAAGCUAGCUGCAGAGGAGGCUCAGAAGCGCGUGGGGCUGCCGCAGCAGGGCACAGCGGGCACGGCGCACCCGGUGGGCACGGCGAGCGCAGCCCCCAGGCCCGGGCCUGACACAGCCAUUGCAGCUUCAGUGGCCACUGGCAGCAACCCUGGCAUCGCCCUGACGCUGUACACACGGGCUGGGUGCCGUUUGGACCUCUUCAGGACCCCAGAGGCAGCCCACGCCAUUCCAGCCCCCUCCGGCAGACUGUCGGGGAGACAGCUGGUCCUCCGCCGAGGGGCUGCUCUGGGGGCGGCGGCAGCCACACUGACUGCUGGGCUCAUCAUGAGGAUCCUGACCCACAGGCACUAG